GCGGAAGGAUCCCAGAGGCCGGUCACGUUAAUUCUGUGCUGUGAUUUCUGUAAGGUGCGGAGGAAUUUGGCGCACAAGUUGAGUGGGACAAGGAACAAAGUUUGACUGAAGUUUAUUACAGUACUGUGGGGUGGUGUGCUAGGACGGGAAUGAAGUAAGUUAUGAAAGAAGUGGUAAAACGUGUAAAGGCUAGCAGCUAGGUACAAAACACAACAUCGCCGGGACAGGCUACAGGACAAAGUAAUGUGUGUGAGCAGUAAGACUAAGUCUGAUUUCCACAGGACAGGUUGUAGAGAAAGUGAGAGGGAACACAACCCACAAAGGACCGAGGAGCGCUCGAACCGCACGGCGCUGUGGUAACUUGGGGACGACAGAACGUGCGCCUGCACAGUGGAGUUAACGUGUAACGCUUAUAUAACUACCAAAUACCACCGGGCACUACAGUACAUGCAGAACUGGGUUGUGGUCAUCCUUUAUUGGACAUUUGGGACUGGGAGACAGAGGUGCAGGGAGAGACGCCCUCGAUCAGAGCUGGGUUUGCUAAUGUUCACAAGAGUACAUCGGACUGUACAGGGAGAAAGACUGUGCGACUUGACACCAAGUUGGAUAAGUACGUUGUCCGGUGGUAUCUCAUAGGAUAGUUUACUUUCUGAACACUUUGUGGAAUUCAUCCUUAUUCCGUUUUAACUGCCUUGUCUCCGACCGGUUUGUGGAGGAUCGUUAUUGCUGCUGGUCAAGUUGAGUUACACUGACAUCGACUCAAAGGGAACAGUGAGGGGACAAAUAGGCUGAGCUGGAAUGGAGUUUGUACCAGUGUCUCUGUUUCUUCAGAUGCUUGUGUUGCUGCUUAUUUCUACUGCCCAGCUGAUGGGGACUGCAGCUCUGCAGUGCCCAAACGAGAAGUGUGAGCAUGGAGGAUGGUGUGCUGGAUCAUCAGCUUGCAGGUGUCUGCAUGGCUUCAUUGGAGAGAAAUGCCAGUUCCAGGACCCCUGCCAUAGCUCACCAUGUUUCAAUGGGGGAGUCUGCCGAAGUUCAGUUUCAGGUGGAACACCACGGUACAGUUGCAUUUGUCCACGAGGCUUCCGAGGACAAGAUUGCUUUCUAAUUGAUGCCUGCGCAACUAACCCCUGUGCUAAUGGUGCCCGCUGUGUCAACUCAAACAGCCGUUACAAUUGUACAUGCCCUGUAGGGUUCCAAGGCAAGAAUUGCAGAAAUGACAUUGAUGAGUGCAGAAACCCCAAUGUCUGUCAGAAUGGUGCAACUUGCAUAAAUACUGUAGGUUCUUUUACCUGCCAGUGUCUGCCUGGGUAUUCUGGGCGAGUGUGUGAAAACGUCUACAUCCCUUGUGCACCCUCUCAAUGUAUGAACGGUGGAACGUGCCGCCAGACAGGAGAUCUCACCUAUGAGUGUGCAUGCCUCCCAGGGUUUGAAGGGCAAAACUGUGAAAUUAAUGUAGAUGAUUGCCCAGGUCACAAAUGCAUGAAUGGUGGCACAUGUGUCGAUGGAGUUAACACCUACAAUUGCCAGUGCCCACCAGAGUGGACAGGUCAGUUCUGCACAGAAGAUGUAGAUGAAUGUCACCUGCAGCCUAAUGCUUGCCAUAAUGGGGGAACCUGCUUCAACACAAUGGGUGGUCACACAUGUGUAUGUGUCAAUGGCUGGACUGGGGAUGACUGCAGUGAGAAUAUCGAUGACUGUGCCACAGCUGUGUGUUUUAAUGGAGCUACCUGCCAUGACCGUGUUGCUUCUUUCUUCUGUGAAUGUCCAUUUGGAAAGACAGGUCUCUUAUGCCACCUUGAUGAUGCCUGUGUCAGCAAUCCCUGUCAUGAAGAUGCUAUUUGUGAUACCAACCCAGUCAAUGGGCGAGCCAUUUGCACAUGCCCAGCAGGAUUCACUGGUGGUGCUUGUAAUAAAGACAUUGAUGAGUGUUCAAUUGGUGCAAACCCUUGUGAGCACUUUGGGAAGUGCUUGAACACUAUGGGAUCAUUCCAAUGCCAGUGUGGUAAAGGUUACACGGGACCUCGAUGCGAGACUGACAUCAAUGAAUGUUUAUCAAUGCCAUGCCAGAAUGAUGCCACCUGCCUAGAUCGCAUUGGGGAGUUCACCUGUAUAUGCAUGCCAGGUUUUACAGGAACCUUUUGUGAGACAAAUAUUAAUGAAUGUGAAAGCAAUCCUUGUGUGAACAAUGGUGUGUGCAAAGACCUGGUAAAUGGCUUCCUUUGCUCCUGCCCUUCAGGUUUCACUGGUUCAAUGUGCCAGAUGGAUAUUGAUGAGUGUGCCAGCACCCCUUGCCAAAAUGGAGCCAAAUGUAUAGAUACCCCCAAUGGAUAUGAAUGCCAUUGUGCAGAAGGGUUUGAAGGAACAUUGUGCGAGAGAAACAUUAAUGACUGUGACCCAGACCCCUGCCACCAUGGAACCUGUGUGGAUGGGAUUAUAAGCUAUACCUGCAUUUGCAAGCCAGGUUACACUGGCUAUCGCUGUGAGAACCAAGUCAACGAAUGUGGCAGCAACCCUUGCCAGAAUGGAGGGAAGUGUGUCGACCUGGUGAACAAGUACAGCUGUCGCUGCCUGCCUGGAACUUCUGGUCUGAACUGUGAAAUUAAUUUUGAUGACUGCGCCAGCAAUCCAUGUACCUUUGGGAUCUGUCGUGAUGGGAUCAACCGAUAUGACUGUGUUUGCAAACCUGGAUUUACAGGCCGUUUGUGUGACACUGAAAUUAAUGAGUGUGCUUCAAACCCAUGCCGAAAUGGUGGUACUUGUGAGGACCGUGAAAAUGGUUUUGUUUGCCAUUGUCCAGAAGGUUUCCAUGACCAGCUCUGCUUUUCUGAGGUUGAUGAAUGUAGCAGCAGUCCCUGUGUUCAUGGAGCAUGCACAGAUGACCUCAAUGGGUACAAAUGUGACUGUGAGCCAGGUUGGGUCGGAACAAAUUGUGACAUCAAUAAGAAUGAGUGUGAAUCAAAUCCAUGCCAGAACGGUGGGAUCUGUAUGGACCAUAUAAAUGGCUACAGCUGCAGGUGUAGAGAGGGUUUCCGGGGAACUUACUGCCAAAUAAACAUUGAUGAAUGUGCCUCGAACCCCUGCCUGAACAAAGGCACCUGCGUUGAUGGGAUAGCCAGCUAUACUUGCUACUGUGACCUGCCGUACACAGGUCGCAACUGUGAAACAGUUCUUGCACCAUGCAAUCCCAAUCCUUGUGAGAAUGGAGGAGUUUGUGACCAUACUCCCGAUUAUGAGAAUUUCAUCUGUACCUGUGCUCAGGGAUGGCAAGGCCAGCGGUGUAACAAGGACAUUAAUGAAUGUGCACAAAACCCAUGCAAAAAUCAAGGAACAUGCUUCAAUAAUCUUGGCGGGUACACCUGUACAUGCAGAGCAGGUUUCACUGGAACUAAUUGCGAGACAGACAUAAAUGAUUGUGCCUCAAAUCCCUGUGUAAAUGGAGGUACCUGUCUGGAUGGAAUCAAUGCCUUCCGAUGUACCUGCAUGCCAGGUUUCACUGGACCCCGCUGUGCUACUGAAAUCAAUGAGUGCCUGAGUUCUCCAUGCCGUAAUGGCGGGACUUGUUCCGAUUAUGUCAAUAGCUUUACUUGCACCUGCAAACCAGGCUUCACUGGGAUUCACUGUGAGGAAAACAUUCCAGACUGUACCGACAGCUCUUGUUUCAAUGGUGGAACAUGCAUUGAUCAGAUCAAUGGUUACAGCUGUAACUGCCGAGUAGGAUUCACUGGCUCCAACUGUCAGUAUGAGAUCGAUGAAUGCGACUCCAUGCCAUGUUUGAAUGGUGGUGUGUGCAGUGAUGGUGUUGAAUCUUACCACUGCACCUGUCCUCAUGGCUACACUGGUGCCCAGUGCCAGAAUGCCAUUAACUGGUGCAGCAAGUCUCUCUGUAAAAAUGGUGGCCGUUGCUGGCAGUCGAAGGGGUCUUUCGGCUGUGAAUGCCCCAGUGGAUGGACGGGCCGUUAUUGUGACAUUCCUAAUGUUUCCUGUGAGGUUGCUGCUGCACAGCGAGACAUGAAAGUUGAACAACUGUGCCGAUAUGGUGGGCAUUGUGUUAAUACUGGUAACAGCCAUUAUUGCAUGUGCCAGACAAGCUACACAGGCAGCUACUGCGAGAGUGAGGUGAAUCAUUGUGAUCCAGAUCCUUGCCUGAAUGGUGCCUCCUGCACCAACUACUUGGGAGGCUACUUCUGUGAGUGCCCAUCUGGCUUUGAGGGGAAGAGCUGCGAGUCUGAAAUUGAUGAGUGUCAUUCUCACCCAUGUCAGAAUGGAGGCACCUGCAUUGAUUUGGUGGGGCAUUACAUAUGCUCGUGUCCACCAGGAACUAUGGGAGUGUUGUGCGAGAUUAACGAUGAUGACUGUGUUGUGACAUCUGCCAGCCAUGGCCCUAAAUGUAUGAACAAUGGCACAUGUGUUGACAAAGUUGGAGGUUAUCGUUGCAACUGUCCCCCUGGUUUUACUGGUGAACGUUGCGAGGGUGACAUUAAUGAAUGCUUAUCGGACCCAUGUCACCCACAUAAUACCAUUGACUGCAUCCAGCUCCCCAGUGAUUACCACUGUGUCUGCAAACUAGGAUUCACAGGACAUCGGUGUCAGAGCAGCAUCAACCUCUGUGAGUCUCAACCUUGCAAGAAUGGUGGCCAGUGUAAGGUGGCAAACAACCCUCAGGGAUACACAUGCAGGUGUCCUCCGAAUUAUGCUGGGAUAAAUUGUGAGAGAAGCAUCUUGACCUGCAGGGAACUUACAUGCUACAAUGGUGGCAAGUGUAUUUCCACAACCCUAGGUGCACGUUGCAAUUGCCUUUCUGGCUUUGGAGGUACAAACUGUGUUGUCCGUUUCAACAGCAGUUGUGCUAAUUCUCCAUGCCUCAAUGGUGGCAUUUGCAGAGAAGAUUCUCAUUUCCCCUACUUCCAGUGUCAGUGUCGCACUGACUUUACUGGGAGACUGUGUGAACUAAGAAGGAUUUUUCCAUCUCCACCACCUGUAGUUGAAGAACCUAGAUGCCCUAUUCCAGAGUGCAGCAAGAGGGCUGGUAACCGGUACUGUGACAAGGAAUGCAAUGCUCAUGCAUGUCAGUGGGAUGGUGGUGAUUGUUCACUCAAUAUUAGUGACCCAUGGAAAAAAUGCGAAGAUCCCCGCUGCUUGCAGUUCUUCAACAACAGCCGCUGUGAUGAGGUGUGCAACACACCUGAGUGCCUGUAUGACAACUUCAACUGUAAAAGUCAGGAGAAGACUUGCAACCCUGUUUAUGAAAACUACUGUAUAGAUCACUUCCAGAAUGGAAACUGUGACCAGGGCUGCAACAACGAAGAGUGUGGUUGGGAUGGCAUGGACUGUGCUGGUACACUGCCUGAACACCUAGCUGAAGGUGUCUUGGUCAUCGUAGUCCUCCUUCCUCCUCAGGAGCUGCUUAAAACUAGUGCCACCUUUCUGCUGAAGCUCAGCUCAAUCCUGCACACAUCUCUACGUUUCCGAUUAGAUGACCAAGGCAACUACAUGGUUUAUCCAUAUUAUCAUUCCUCCAGGAUACAAAAACGAGAGCUUGAGAAGGAGGUCAUUGGCUCUAUUGUAAACUUGGUGAUUGACAAUCGUCUGUGCUUCCAAGUAUCAGAAAAGUGUUUCCCAGAUGCAGAAAGUGCUGCAGCUUAUCUCGCAGCCCUAUAUGCUGUUGAACAGUUACCAUUACCUUAUCCACUGAUGGAGGUCCGAGGUGAGAAAGUGAUAAUGCCAGCCCCAGGAAAAUUGCUGUUUUUGGUGGCCGUGGCAGCUGUGAUCCUCGUUAUCAUUCUCAUCCUGGGUGUGCUGAUUGCAAGGCGUAAGAGGGAGCACAGCACCUUAUGGUUCCCAGAAGGCUUCAUUAUGAAGAAGGAGAACAGUAACAAGAAUAGGCGGGAGCCUGUGGGGCAAGAUGCAUUGGGAAUGAAGAGCAUCUGUAGAGCAGCAGAGGAGAGUCUGAUCAGUGACCAUAGUGAACAGUGGAUAGAUCCUGAUUGUCCUGAGACAAAGAGAUUGAAGUUGGAAGAGCCAGGAACACAUUCUGACAGUGAGGACCCAGUAGACUGCAGACAGUGGACACAGCACCACCUGGCAGCAGCAGACAUCAGGAUGCCUCCUUCUAUGGCCUUAACACCUCCACAAGGCGAAUUUGACACAGACUGCAUGGACAUCAAUGUCAGAGGACCAGAUGGCUUCACCCCUCUAAUGUUGGCAUCUUUCUGUGGUGUGGGAUUGGAGACAGAUGUUGCUGAGGAAGAAGAGCCAGAAGAUGCUUCAGCCAACAUUAUCUCAGACUUGAUAUACCAGGGAGCAAACCUUGGGGCCCAAACCGAUCGAACAGGGGAGACUGCUUUGCACCUGGCAGCUAGAUAUGCAAGAGCAGAUGCUGCCAAACGACUUCUGGAUGCUGGUGCUGAUGCAAAUGCUCAGGACAAUACAGGACGCACUCCCCUGCAUGCUGCUGUAGCAGCUGAUGCACAAGGUGUCUUCCAGAUUCUAAUCCGGAAUCGAGCAACAGACUUGGAUGCUAGGAUGGCAGAUGGUUCAACAGCCCUUAUCCUUGCUGCUCGCCUGGCAGUGGAAGGAAUGGUGGAAGACCUAAUAACAUGCCAUGCAGAUGUCAAUGCUGUAGAUGAACUAGGUAAGUCAGCAUUGCAUUGGGCAGCAGCUGUGAACAACAUUGAAGCAACUCGUGCUCUUUUGAAGAAUGGAGCCAACAAAGACAUGCAGAACCUUAAGGAAGAGACACCUUUGUUCCUUGCUGCCCGUGAAGGCAGCUAUGAAGCUGCCAAGAUUCUCCUGGAGCAUUUUGCAAACAGAGAGAUCACAGACCACAUGGACAGGCUGCCAAGAGACAUUGCUCAGGAGAGGAUGCACCAUGACAUUGUUCAGUUGCUGGAAGAGUACAAUACAGUACGGAGUCCACAAGGCCCCGGAGCAUCCAUUUCUAAUCAUACUAUGUCUCCACUGAUGUGCCCACCCACUUACAACAUGUCAGCCUUGAAACAGACCCCACAAGGCAAAAAGGCUCGACGUCCCAGCAACAAGAAUACAAUUUCUGGAAGUAAUGCAAACCUGGCUAGGGAAGCUAAGGAGUCUAAAGCCAGGAAUAAGAAGCUAUCUCUAGACUGUCAGGGAUCUUUAAUGGAAAGCUCAGUGACAUUGUCCCCAGUUGAUUCACUGGAUUCUCCUCAUACCUACAUUACUAACCCAGCAUCUCCUGUUGUGGCUUCUCCGGGGCUGUUUCAUACCUCACCGUCCAUGUCUGUGCCAUCCACACCAGUUGUGCAUGGUCUUAUUGAUGGGCCAUUUGCUGUGUCUUUAGCCAGACUGAAUGAUAUUGGGGAAGUUGGCUCUGUCCAAAAUGCUGCCAUCUUGUCUAUGAAUUCAUUGCAGUCACGAGUGUCUAUGUCAUCUGUUGUCAGGCAGCCAAACUGUGUGUUGAAUACAAGUAGUGCUGGACUGAACCUUGGUAUGGUUAAUCCUGUGAAUACUCCAGUAGACUGGCAUGGACGAAUCACCACUCAGUGCACCCCGGUAAUCAAUGUUAUACAUCCAGCUAACUCUCAUCCCAACAUCCAUCAGCAAAGUCAAGUGAUUCCUCAUGGUAUGAUCCUGUCGAAUAGAAUGCCAAUGAUUCAUGGAUCUCAGGUUUUGACACAGCAGAGUCCCAUCAAAAUGCAGCUGGUGGCCGAACAACAGCCUAUCCCUCCAGUCACCCAAGGCCAGCAGCUACAUGCUCCUCCCACCAGCAAUCACCCUCUACAGCAGAAUAUGAAUAGGAAUGAUUUGCCCAUUGUUAACCAGCCAGUCUCACCACAAGAGAUUCAGCAACCACCAAACACAGGGUCUCAGUAUUUCAAGCAGCAGAGCAACCCAGGAUUGGAGGACUACCCAACCCCACCUUCACAACACAGUUAUACAACCCAGGAUAGCACUCCAAAACACUACCUCCAUGUCCAGAAUGAACACCCCUAUUUGACACCUUCUCCAGAGUCUCCAGAGCAGUGGUCCAGUCCUUCUCCUCAUUCAAUGUCUGAUUGGUCGGACUCUACACCAAGCCCUGCUGUGGUGGUCCCAGUGCAAACACAACUGACGCAUAUGCCAGAGCAGGCAAACAAAAUGCAAGUAUUUGCAUGAAGAAUGACAAGGAAGUUAGUGUUAGGGACUAUAGGACCUAAAUAAGUUUUAUAAUUAUUCUUGUCUUAAGAAAGACAUGAUAUGAAGUAGACAUUCUACAGAACUCUGCCAUGAACUUUGUAAUGAAGAUGUCUAUAAUUUCAAAGAUUUCAGUUUCCAGAAUGAAAAAAAAAAAAAACUUGAAGGAUAGUUCUUUAUUUAUUACUUAUUGCUGUUCUGCCACUGCCUAUUUGUCCUCUGCAUGGCUAUUAUCGUACAGGACCAAGCCUUUGUUUGUAUGAAGAAGUGCCUCCCUUCAAAAUCUGAAACUCAUGGUUUUCCUGGCUUUGUAUUUGAUCAUCUACACAAAGACCAACAGAUAUAUUCAAUCUUAAAAUUGCAAGAAAUGUGACCAUUCAGGACAGCCAUUGAAAAGAGACUUAGGCAGAGUUUGUACUGACUGAAGUAGAUGUGGUACUUUUUCAAUGCUCAUGGAACUUUUUGAAAAAGUAUAUAAGGCUUAGAAAGUCAGAUGUAAUGCUGCUUCGUAUGCAGGCUGUAGCCUGCUGAAAUGUCUUGGUAGCCCAUGGCAGUUGUGAGCAUUGAAAGUGCACCAUGAAAACUUUUCAGAGCUCUGCUAGGCACUUUGAAUAGCGUGGAUGUGCCAAAUAUCUGAUGAAGCAUUCAGAAAAGAAUGUCUGUUUUCAUUUGAACAUUCCAAAUUAAAAGCCAUUCCAUGGGUCAUAAAGAGGAGCGAGUCACCAAAAUUCCAGCUGCAGCAUAUUG